UUGUCUGCGUCUUUGGCAGCGCAACAACAAAAAGAAAAAGAACAACAGCAACAAAAAAAUAAUACGAUAAAAGUUGCGGCGACGUCACCGUUGUUUUUGCAAACGUCACUUGAUCCAACCGGAUUUACACCUUGUGAGUUUGAAGAUUAGCCAAUUUUUUGUUAUGAUUUUUUUUCGCAGUGGACUAGAUUAGGAGAGUUUCUAUAGUUCUUGAAAUCUCUAGAAUUUUUUCGAAUUUGUUUUUGAUUAUUUUUGAGUUAAAAAGAAAAGACUAAUAUGGAUUUUUUUCCGAACUUUGGUUUUUAUCAAAAAAUUUUGGUGAUAAGUUAGUAUUAUGAAAUUUUUCAGUGCAAUAUUACGAUUUUAGAAAUUCAGAACUUACUAAAAUGUCUAAAUUAGUUACGAAUGCUUUCAGAAUAUUUCAAUUUUUCAAAUUAAUCCUCGAAGAUUUGAAAAGCAUCGACAAAAAUCAGUAAACCAACUUUACAGUAAUCCCCAUUUUGAGCGAAAUCUGACUCCAAAAAAUCCGCUCCCCGUUCCCUUUUAACUCCGCCUCUUUCCUAAAUCAAUAAUUCUUUCAGUGCUCACUCCCAAAUCUGAUGCUCUUCUUCAACGCAAACUAAGCGAAGCAAGUCAUCAACAAAUCUACAACACAACAGCCACCACAUUAAGACGUGAUUCAUAUCCGAUUUCAAAUUUACCGCCGUACGGUAAGUGCUCAAACAUUAUGUCAAUAAGUUUUUUCUAUCAUUGUUCAUUUUUUCAGCAGUUCCUUCGACUUCCGCGUUCAAACGACCACUUGUUCCGUCGGCUAUAAGUAUUAAAGACUAUUGUGACGCAACCAGCGGGUUUGACAAAUUUAAACCACUUUUUCCAUCGGAUUACGGUGAGUUAAAAGGGAAAUUAAUUUUUCACUUUUAGAUAAUAAUAAUAUUUUAUUUUUAGAUUUGAGCUCAUCGCUUCAUUCGACGCCCGAAAGACAAAGUACAUCUAGAGAUCGAUCAUUCUCAAGAGAUAUAACAAAAGUCGAAGAAGAAAUUCCAGACAUCCUAUCAGAUAUUGAAAUCGACGACAAGAGUGAGGAAUUAGCUGUAAACGUUGUUGAAAAACUUUUUGUUGGUCCCGGAUAUUCAAACGAAGAACCGUGUAGCUCAACAACAUCUGAAGAACAAUUUAGAAGUUCUUCACAACAAUCAACACAUCCACCAUCAGCCAAGAAAAUCAAAUUCCCACGCUGCUCUUUAGAAGGAAAGAUGGAGCAAUUAAAAGAGAAAUCAAUUAAAGAAGAUGAUGUUUUAGAUGAUUGGGAGACUGCAGAUGAUAAUGAUAUCACAGAAAGAGUAAGUUUUACCUGAUUUGGAUGUUUCCAAAAAUAAAUUGUUAUAAUUUCAGAUGGAAAAAUUACUCAAAGAUGUCGCAAAAACAAGCAAAAAGAAAGAAAAAGUGACGGCAAUGAUGAAUGCUGCAUCAACUCCCUCAACAUCUAAUUGGGAUCCGAAUUAUCUUCCAAAUGUUUUGGAGAUCUAUGGAAUUCCAGAAUAUAAAAUGCAAGAAGAUGUUGUUAGAACAUUAGAAAAUAUUGGGUACGGUGAUUCGAAUGUGAAAUGGAUCGAAAGAAAAAUUGUGUUGGUUGCUUUUGAGAAUCCGGCAAGAGCAAAAGCAAUGCUCUCAAUGCCGAGACAUGAUUGGUUACGUGUUCGAGCGUUGAUUAAUUCGCCGAAGAAUGUGCAAGAUGCGGCAAGAGAAAACGAGAAACGAAUGUUUAUGGGAAGGUGAGUAACAUUUGAAAAUUUAUAAAGCACAAUUUUAUAUUAUAAGAGACAUGGUUUGAAAAAUUAUAUGUUUUUUUUCUAGAUUUCACACUCUAAAUAUACUUUUUCCAGAAAAAAACUGACAAAUGCAUCAGUGGCUCGGAGAAUGGUCGAAAGCCAACUUGGCAUGAGAUCCAAUAUUUCUCAAGAACAACGAUUAUUGGAACGGCAACAGAUUGCUGAUGCUAGAAAGGCCAAGAAAAAUGCGGUGAAAUGGAAUUAG